ACCGAGUGGUAGUGCUAAUUAACUUGUUCAAAACUAGUUACAGAAAAAAUAUGUUACAACAAUACGAUAUAAACUCUACAGAAAUACAUUGUGAUAUCACGAGCACCCCUUUUUCUGUAAAAGACAUUUUGAACAUGAACAUUCAAACUGAGAGUGAGUUUUAUGCUAACAGUGUGAAGAAGGAGCAAUGUGAAGCUAUGCAUCAGCAGUAUUGGGACAGUUCCUAUUUUUGUGGUAAUGAGCAAAACAGUUACUAUUUCAGUAACGAAACAGACAAUUACCUUAGUAAAAGUUAUUGGAACUGUGAUAGCACCUAUGGAGAGCCAAACACACACAUUCAACAUUUGAACAAUAUGUAUAUAACCCAUCAAAAUGACGUACCACACAGAACUGGAAGGGAGGAAGGAUAUGCCAAAAUUGAAAGCCCAAAAAUUCAACAAGUGACAAGCUCCAAAACCGAAUUACGGAAGUCCGGCCGACAAAGGUCCAAACGGAAACCACGUGUCCUGUUCUCCCAGGCCCAAGUGUACGAGCUGGAGCAGCGUUUCAAACAACAAAAGUACCUGUCAGCCCCGGAGAGGGAACAAAUGGCGCAAGGGCUGAAAUUGACCCCGACGCAAGUCAAGAUCUGGUUUCAAAACAGAAGGUACAAGAAUAAGAGACAAAAAAUCGAAAAAUCCGAGAUGGACAAAAAGACUACUGACGCCAGCGUGACAAGUUCUAGUUUCUGUUUAACGCAGCAGAUGACACAUAAUCCUUACAUUUUUCAGAAUAACAGCAGUGCUUAUAGUCACAACGACUAUGUGUGUCACGAGAGGUUUAAUGAGUUGGGGAUAUCAUUCAAUUCAUAGAUAUUUUGGAACUCAAAGUGAAUUA